UAAAAGCCUCACUCCUAACUGUCUGCAAACUUCAAACGGUUCACUUUGAUCGAAGUAUAGAGUCAACGACGUCGUAUCAUUGCUCCGCCAUGGCCGCCGUUGCCCUGCCGUCCUCCGCCCAAUCCUCCCUAGUACACCUCAAAACCAGGAUUUCUCUUUCUGCUCCACAGCCGCCCAAACCCCUUGCAUUUCCUAGCCUCAAGCCGCCCGUUUCUCGAAUUGCGAUCAGGAGGAAUGUUACCGGAGCGCCCCCGGCCGUGUCGAAGAACUCUUCCGCGUUCUCCGUUGAGGCUUCAUCUGAAAAGGCGAAGCAACGGAAGAACCCUAUCGUGGUUAUUGACAAUUAUGAUAGUUUCACUUACAACUUAUGCCAGUAUAUGGGAGAGCUGGGAUGCGAUUUCGAGGUUUAUCGGAAUGAUGAUCUCACUGUGGAUGAACUGAAGAAGAAAAAUCCAAGGGGAAUUCUCAUAUCACCAGGCCCAGGAGCUCCUCAAGAUUCAGGGAUAUCAUUACAAACUGUACUGGAACUGGGUCCUAUUGUUCCAUUAUUUGGUGUUUGUAUGGGGCUGCAGUGCAUUGGUGAGGCUUUUGGAGGAAAAGUAGUGCGUUCUCCAUAUGGCGUGAUGCAUGGGAAAAGUUCUCUUGUGUAUUACAAUGAGGGUGGAGAAGAUGGCUUAUUCACUGGUCUGCCAAACCCAUUCACUGCAGGUAGAUAUCAUAGCCUUGUGAUUGAUAAGGAUAGUUUCCCCAAAGAUGAACUUGAGAUAACAGCAUGGACGGAAGAUGGCUUGGUCAUGGCUGCUCGUCACAAAGUAUAUCGACAUCUUCAGGGGGUGCAAUUCCAUCCUGAAAGCAUCAUAACUAAUGAAGGCAAAACCAUAGUUAAGAACUUCAUCAAAUUAGUAGAGAAGAAGGAAGAAGCUGAAUCCCAGCACCAGAGCUGAGAGAGGGUCUGCUCAUCUUUUCAUUGUAACUUUCAUAUGCGGUAUAGUCUAAAUGCCCACAAAGCUCUUAGUGAGCUGUUUUUCUCUUAGGGCCAAAAACCUGAAUCUGCAAAUACUGAAACUCAGCUGCUUUUCUUUAUAGUGUUGGAAAGGAAAAUGUGGCAUAUUUAUUCUCUCUUGAUUCUUGAUGAAUAAUUCUAUUUAUUGUACUAAAAUUAUUGCCUAA